GCGGAGCCGCCGGCGUAGGGUGGGCCUAGGCGGCCUUUCGGAGCCUCGGGCUGGAGUGAGAGGCCAGUCCGUUUGAGGCGGCGGGGAAUCUGGGGAGGCUCCGCGGCCGGACGCGGCCUUUCUCCGGCUCCAGGACGGGCUAGGAACAGACGGACAUGUCUGCUGAUCCCCGGCCAGGCUGGAGGCCCUGGAGAAGCCGGCCGAAGGAGGAAGAAGAAGACACAGGGCCAAGGACGGGUCCAGGCGCGCAGUUGGGAGAGCCGGGGAAAUAUGCCUACGCAGCUCUCUGUGCGGUUUCCUUGGCCUCGUUGUUUCCAGACCAGGAAGAAAGCGCCUACAGGACGGGAGUGGUGGAGAACCUGGUCAGGUGGCUGGAGCUGUCGGACACCGUGAUGCCAUCCAUGCUGGCCUUUGCCGGAGGUCUGGGGGCUGAAGGGACGGAGACCUUCGCUCGGAUUCUUCUGAGCGAGCCGCUCCUGGCGGAUCAGCCCGGCUCCGUUAUGCGGGACCUGGUCUCCUUUUCUCUCAAGGAUGGCGUUUCUCUGGAUUUUUUUUUUCACCCCUCCCGUUGGCUCUGCCUCCUCCCAGGGAUUGUGACGGCCCUCACCUGGCCUGCUUCGCUGCUGGCGGUGGCUGGUGUGAUCGACAACCCCUGGGGUGUGUGUCUCCAUCGCUCCACUGAGGUGGGAAAACACAUGGCGCAGAUACUUCUCAGCCGGCGGCAGGGCAAGCGGCCGGUGACCCUGGUUGGGUUCAGUCUUGGCGCCAGGGUGAUCUACUUCUGCCUGCAGGAGAUGGCCAAGGAGAAAGAUUGCGAAGGGAUCGUUGAAGACGUGGUGCUGCUGGGGGCCCCGGUAGAAGGCGAUCCCAAAUCCUGGAAACAGAUCACCAAAGUCAUUUCAGGCAGGAUCAUCAAUGGCUUCUGCAGGUAUUGUUGGUCCCAACAGUGGAGCAGACACACAAGCACAUUUUCUUUUUUUCUCUGUUUUCCUCUCACAGGAAGUUUCCUAAUUUCCAUGAAAAUUGGCUUUUCAAAUUUUGAUCCUCUGCUGUGACUUCAACUCUUACCCAGGAGAUAGCCGCAGGCUUUAGGCUGAUGAUAGAAUAGGA